GCAGGGGGCAGAGCUGAGAAGAUGUUCUGGCUGCCUCUUCCGGCGGCGGGCAGAGUCGCCGUCCGGCGUCUGGCAGUGCGGCGGUCUUGGGGCCGGGGUCUCGCCAGCGCAGACAUGACGAAGGGCCUUGUUUUAGGAAUCUAUUCCAAAGACAAAGAAGAUGAUGUGCCACAGUUCACAAGUGCAGGAGAGAAUUUUAAUAAAUUGGUGGCUGGAAAGCUGAGAGAAAUUGUGAGCAUAUCUGGACCGCCUCUGAAGGCAGGCAAAACCCGAACCUUUUAUGGUCUGCAUCAGGACUUCCCCAGUGUGGUGAUCGUCGGCCUUGGCAAGAAGGCAGCUGGAGUCCACGACCAGGAGAACUGGCAUGAAGGGAAGGAAAACAUCAGAGCUGCUGUUGCAGCGGGGUGCCGGCAGAUUCAGGAGCUGGAGCUGUCUUACGUGGAGGUGGAUCCCUGUGGCGACGCCCAGGCUGCUGCAGAAGGGGCCGUGCUGGGCCUCUAUGAGUACGACGACCUGAAGCAGAAGAAGAAGAUGAUGGUGACUGCGAAGCUGCACGGAAGCGGCGACCAGGCAGCCUGGCAGAAAGGAGUGCUGUUUGCUUCUGGGCAGAACUUGGCCCGCCAGUUGAUGGAGACUCCAGCCAAUGAGAUGACACCCACCAGAUUUGCGGAAAUUAUUGAGAAGAAACUCAGAGAUGCUAGUGAUAAAACAAAGGUCCACAUCAGACCCAAGUCUUGGAUAGAAGAACAAGAAAUGGGAUCAUUCCUAAGUGUGGCCAAAGGAUCUGACGAGCCUCCAGUCUUCUUGGAAAUUCACUACACAGGCAGCCCCAAAGCAGAUGAUCCGCCCCUGGUGUUUGUGGGGAAGGGAAUCACCUUUGACAGCGGCGGCAUCUCCAUCAAGGCUUCCGCGAACAUGGACCUCAUGCGAGCAGACAUGGGAGGAGCAGCGACCGUAUGUUCAGCCAUAGUGUCUGCAGCAAAGCUCAACUUGCCCAUUAAUCUGAUAGGUUUGGCCCCUCUUUGUGAAAACAUGCCCAGUGGAAAGGCCAACAAGCCUGGGGAUGUGGUCAGAGCCAAGAACGGGAAGACGAUCCAGGUUGAUAACACUGAUGCUGAGGGGAGGCUCAUCCUGGCCGAUGCUCUCUGCUAUGCACACACCUUUAACCCGAAGGUCAUCGUCAACGCGGCUACCUUAACAGGUGCCAUGGACAUAGCCCUGGGGUCGGGUGCCACUGGGGUCUUCACCAAUUCAUCCUGGCUGUGGAAGAAGCUAUUUGAGGCCAGCAUUGAAACGGGGGAUCGUGUCUGGAGGAUGCCUCUCUUUGAACAUUAUACAAGACAGGUUGUAGACUGCCAGCUUGCUGAUGUUAAUAACAUAGGAAAAUACAGAUCUGCAGGUGCAUGUACAGCUGCAGCAUUCCUGAAAGAAUUCGUGACUCAUCCCAAGUGGGCACAUUUAGACAUAGCAGGUGUAAUGACCAACAAAGAUGAGGUUCCCUACCUGCGGAAGGGCAUGACUGGGAGGCCCACAAGGACUCUAAUAGAGUUCUUACUUCGUUUCAGUCAAAAUGAUGCUUAGUGCAGAUACUCAAAAGUUUACUUAUUUUGUCUUAAAUUGAACAACUGAGCUUCAAAAUAUUUUUGAAUGAAUGCAUGAAAUCUUUUAAAGGCAGUAAAAAAGAGUCUAUAUAAAAAUGUAGAACAAAAUGAAAUUUGUAUUGUUGAUUUGUUCAAAAAUUUAUAAAGGUAAAGCUAAUAUCUUGCUUUGCAAAGAUUUUUUAAGAUUACUUUUUUUGAAAAUUUUCUAAUCACUGCAAAAUGUAUGUUUUUAAUUGAGAAGGAAAUUGUGUUUCAGAUUUGUGAUUCUAGGAGCAUGAGCAGACUGGAAGUUGACUAUGCAAUUGUCAGAAACAAUAAAUGCAACUUUUUGUGCUCUC